AAGGCUAUGAGGGUCUGCUGAUUGGCUGCCCGAGUUGUGGUCUUCCCGAGAACUGCUUGCUUAGAUCCAGUAAACCGAAACUAAGGCCUGGCCCCUGGCAGGGCUGUUAGAAAUCUGUCAUGGCUCUGGUCUGGCUCCCCAGCCCUCCCAGUUAACUACCAGUUCUGGGUCUUCUCAAUGAGCUGGCUCCCACUCAUCGUCCUUCUCCCUUUCGCCCUCUAUUUAUUAGCAAAUCAUCACGGCUCUGCACUCAAAAACACUGAUCUUGAAUCACUUUUCACCAAAAUAGGUGAUACAUUAACUAUCACUGAAGAUACUGAUGGGAAAAUAAAGCUAUGGGUGUUAGUUAACUUUCGUUUAGUUACAGUCAGACACCAUGUUGGACGGAUUCCUUGAAUCCACACACACACACUGACACUUAUCUUCUAUCAGGAUCCAGAACCUCUGCGAUCUCUAGUCUCUCAAACGCUUUCAUACAACGCCUCUGAGUCUCCGCCUCAUCACAGCAGUGAAGAGGGCUCAGCUGGGGCGCCCUCUGACUCCGGCACACCGACCUCCUCACCCAGUCUAGCCCUUUAAAGUGCGCACAAAGACCCAGGAGCAGGGGGCGGGGCCGGCGGGAGCGGGGCGGCGCCGACGUGAGCGGGCAGAGCGGCGUCGCUGCGUUGCUAGGAGACGCGCGGGCGGCAACAGCCGCAACAGUUGGCCUCUGGCUGACUCAGCCCACGGAUCCCGAGUAGAGAACACGAGCACCGCUGCGCCCUCCUGCGAGGCCGGCUGAGCGAGGGUAACCGCGGAUAGCGGGAGCCGGGCCUGAGCGGAUGAACAGCGAGGACCUGGGCCCUGACCGCCGUGCCCCUGGCUCCGCCCCGCCCCGGGAGCGCAGGACCCGCCCCUUCCGCCCGGCCGCCCUGGUACCUGGGUUUUCUCUUUUAGGGCGGUCUUCUUUUGGCCCUUCCUACAUCUUAGGAUGGGCUCCCCAGCUAAAUUCGUCCCCUCCCCAAAUCAGCUACUGUAAUGGCUCUGCCCUUUAAUGCCUGGGUUCAGAGGACUGUCUCUAGCCCAGCUUCUUCUGGGCAGGUUAUACCUUACAGAAAUCGUGAUUUAUGGCAAAAAGAAAGUGGUUUCUGGCGGGCAGAGAACGCUAGCUGUGGGAAACCCUCGUAAGGGUGGCUUUAUGCUCCAUAAACGCAAAUUGGCACCUAUGGACUGUGGACCGACCAUAACGGAGUGCUUACGGUCAGGGCGCGGGGCGGCACUUUUGUCUUUAAAAUGAACACCCAGUGUGAAGACUGGGUUCGGAAAAUGGUGUUCUGUUUCGGACCCAGUGUGAGAGCUGGAUUCAGAAAACAGUCCCGGCUUUUGUUCAUUUUCUUGGCCAAGGUUUACAUGUAGUUUAAAGGGAUCCUCAGUUAUAUCCCGCCACCUCCUUGGAGCACAAAUAAUGAAAUAAGAAAUAAUUGCUAGGAAGGCCUCCGUAGCCAUGGCGAGUUCUGAUGUGAAACCGAAAUCAAUAAGUCGCGCCAAGAAGUGGUCAGAAGAAAUAGAAAACCUGUAUAGAUUUCAGCAAGCAGGCUAUCGGGAUGAGAUCGAAUAUAAACAAGUGAACCAAGUUGCUAUGGUAGACCGUUGGCCAGAGACAGGAUACGUGAAGAAACUUCAGCGGAGGGACAAUACUUUCUAUUACUACAACAAACAGAGGGAAUGCGAGGACAAGGAAGUCCACAAAGUGAAAAUUUAUGCAUACUGACCUUUUCAUUACUUUGGCUUGGCAAUCCUAUUUUAAGAAUUCAUUGUUUACACUUUCCAUCAUGUAAAUGCCAUUUUACAAAAUAAUUCAAGAUGCUGUCUUUAAUUCAAGGUCUUACAACAUAAACACCAUGGAAGCUGG